AGAUUGUGCAGUCUCGUUUUUCAACCAAGCAAUGACCGAAGUCGCACCCGUCACCACUGCCGCCGCCCCCACUGAAGCCAAAAAGUGCAAGCCGUGCUGCGCUUGUCCCGAGACCAAGAAGCCGCGCGAUCAGUGCAUUGUCGAGCGCGGCGAGGCCAACUGCCAAGAUCUUAUCGCCGCGCACAAGGAGUGCAUGAAGGCUCACGGUUUCAACGUCUGAGCGUGUUUCGCAUCUUUGUAUAGUUGUUGUUCUUAACGAUAAAAUCCAUUACAGUCACACACAAGUUCAACAACU